AUGAUGAAUGCAGUGACUCCUUGGGCGGAGGCCAAAUUAGAAAAGAGAACACAUAGGGGCGCAAAUUGGAAGGUAUAUCCCAUCAGCGAUUUGUUGUUUGAAGUUGACGACAUGUAUAAGAAAGGAACGUGUGAUUUGCAUGCUAAGACUUGUACAUGCAUGCAAUGGCAACUUUCUGGAAUAGCUUGCGGUCAUGUGAUAUAUGUUGCUCGAAGUUUAGAUAUUCAAGACUGCAGUCAAUUCUGUUCUGUUUGGUUCAAUUCCGACUCUUACCGUGCAACAUACGUGGAGGAAGUCAUUCCCCUUCCACCAGAAGUUGAAUAUGUGUUGCCCAACGAACGUUUGACCGUCCUACCGCCUCCCUUGGACAUACAAAACUCAGGCAGGCCACGUAACCGCGAUCGUAUCCCGUCACGAGACGAUGAACCAAUAGUGAAAACUUGCAGUCGAUGCAGCCAGAUUGGACAUUUUCGAUAUAAUUGUCCGAGUCCGAUGCCAGCUCCUAAGCCGACGCACAGAAGUUCGAGUAGUCGUCGAAGAUCAGUUAGUCGUCCAAAGCGAUUGUGGUCCGUCUGA